UUUAAAAAAGUGUUUUUACAGCCAAAAUAAAUUUCAAUGUAACGUUUUGGCUGCUUACGAAAAACACGAAAUUUAUAAAUAAACAAACUAAUGUUAUGAGCGUCACAAUCUUGAAUUUCAACUGAAAUUUCCAAACAGAAAAACAUGCCCAAAGCAGAACUGAAAUAACAAAACAAGAGAAACUACAGUAAAUUAUAUUAAUUAUAUAUAUUUUUUUAUUUUACAAUUUUAAAAGUGUCAAUUAAUUUAUGAUUACAAUUCCUCUUAUGACCCAAAUAAAUAGAAAUGUAAUGUUAUGGUUGCUAAAACGAGAAAUACACUGUUCAUCCGCACCGGUGUGUGGCGCUGCGGCGUCAGGUCGCUGUUAACGAACCUGCACGAGGAUCCCCGAAGAACCGUAAACAAAGAGAUCUAGCAGAGCAGGGUCACGGAACCACGGCUAAAAACAUAAACUUGAAAGCAGGACACGUUGUUGGUCGAGCAUGCCCAGUAACACAGCUCAAUUCCUGGAGUCCGACGAUACUGAACCGGAUCUCUCGGUACCGGUACAUAUCCUGAGCCGGAUGAGCCUCCGGGAUGAAGAGAGUCCAUCAGAACUACCUGAUACUUCUCAUCUGGGUGUCCUGGGCGCGGUUUUGGACCUCCAGCCCUUGUCCCAAACUGGAUCAGAGGAGGACAACACCACCAACACUAACAACAACAACAUCAUCAUCAGGCAUGAUACUGAUCUGGACCAGCUGAGGGCUGAGCUCACAGCCCUGGAGACCCCAGGGACCGAUGGGCUCUUCCUGGAUGGGACGGGCGAGUCCCAGGGUUACCCGGUUCAGGGGAGCAUGAUGGCGAUGAUGAUGAUGAUGCAGGAGGGUGAGAGGUGUGCGCUCAAUACCAGGAGGAAGAGCGUGAACACAACAGAGUGUGUGAUGGUGCCCACAUCUGAGCAUGUGGCGGAGAUAGUUGGUCGGCAGGGUUGCAAAAUCAAAGCUCUGAGAGCAAAGACCAACACUUACAUUAAAACCCCUGUGAGAGGAGAUGAGCCCAUGUUUGUAGUGACCGGCCGGAAGGAGGACGUCAUCACAGCCAAGCGUGAGAUUCUGUCAGCGGCUGAACAUUUUUCCCUCAUCCGGGCAUCUCGGAACAAAGUGGCACCGACGAACAGCAUUCCUUGUCAUCCGGGACAGACCAGCAUCCAGGUUCGGGUGCCGUAUCGGAUGGUAGGGCUCGUGGUGGGGCCGAAAGGAGCGACUAUCAAGAGGAUCCAGCAGCAAACCCACACCUACAUCGUCACACCAAGCCGCGACAAAGAACCUGUGUUUGAGGUGACCGGGAUGCCCGAGAACGUAGAUCGAGCUCGGGAGGAGAUCGAGGCUCAUAUUGCGAUGCGCACCGUGGGAAGUGUGGACACCACUGUGGACGAUGAUGAUUUCCACUACAACGGCACUGAUGUUGGUUUCGAGUCGGGCGGCAACGGAGCCUGGGUCUUCUCCGGUGGCGUUUCAAACUUCCACAACAAUGCUGCAGGCUAUCGCAACGACAGCUCCAGCUCGCUUGGAAGCAACUCUAGCGAGUCCCACUACAGCGGGAAAGGCAGCGCAGUGGCAGAUCUCAGUCCCGGCAACAGCGGAGGCACGUUCUGGUUUGGCGAUUCCCAGUUGCCUUUGGGAAGCGAAGAUCCUGUGGGUUACGACGGGCUAACGAUGACGGCGCCGUUGGCCAAUCAGACAUUGUGGAGCGCUCUCGAGCGGGGAGGAGCGAGUUUGCCCACUAUACAGAGGUUCUCUCCAUCCCGUCUGUCUCCGUCUCCUCCGGAGGAUUAUCCUCUGAUUCGGUUGGUGCAGGAGAAUUCCAAGAGCCUCCCGGCCUUCGGCUCCGCAUUUUCACCGUCUAGCGACAGCACAGGCUCCAGCUCUCCGCCGGACGUGCGCACUUACCCCAAACACAGCCAAGUUCCUGCAUGCGUACGCUGCGGAGACAACGUGGCGGCGCUUGUCCUGGGCGGGCAAAACCUUGUUUGUUUGGAGUGUUCCAACUCCAUCCUGCAAAAUGCAUAGAGAGAGGAAAAAAUCGGGAUGGGGUUGGAGAUGGGUUUAUUUUUUACAUUGAAAUACUUCUUCCUUAUUACGUUAAAAUAACUGGGACAUACAGGUUUUCGAUCAAUAACCACUGUUGAGUUCAUCUCAAAGUUUUGCGUUUAGCUGUUGCGUCGUUCUUUGCGUCGAGCAGCGCUGGGGUUUAGCAGUGCUAAAUUGCCAUCACUAUUUGUUGUUUUGUUUUCAAAGUAGCGACUUGUUUGUUUACAUUUCCAUGUGCCUGAUUCCACGACGGUGGUGCUGUGGAUUGGCGAUGUUGCUGCGAAAGCAUCUGUGGCCUUUCGUUUCUGUUUCACAACACUAGAGUCGAGCAGUACGCGAUCAUAAAGAGCCGUCCUGAACUCCACUUCAGGACCGCUUUGAGCAUCUCCAGACGCAAUACAAAAUCAAAGGGCAUUGCAUGUCCUCAUUAUAAGAAUAGUUCACCCUUAAAUAAAAAUUUGCUGAAAAUGUACUUACCCUGAGGCCAUCCAAGAUGGAUGAGUUUGUUCCUUCAUCAGAACAGAUUUGGAGAGAUUUAGCAUUACAUCACUUGCUCUCCAAAGCAGAAAACUAUGUUGUGGAUAGCGGACUCUUGUUUUAGAUGUUUUGAAGUUAAAACAUCUUGACAAUGCAACUCUUCACUUCACAAGAUGUUAACUGAUGGACUGGAGUGGUGUGGAUUAUUGUGAUGUUUUAUCAGAUGUUUGGACUCAUUCUGACGGCACCCAUUCACUGCAGAAGAUCCACAGGUGAGCGAGUGAUGCAGUGCUAAAUUUCUCCAAAUCUGUUCUGAUGAAGAAACUAAGUCAUCUACAUCUUUGAUAGCCUGAAGGUGACAACAUUUUCUGCUAAUAGUCAAUUUCAGGUGCAGUAUUUUGUGAGCAAAUUGAAUUUGCGUGAAUGAAUUGCUCAGGAAUCAGUUCAUGCAUAAAUUGCUGUUAAACUGUCAAAUAACAUGCAGGUAGUUUUUAGAUCAACUUCAACUUUGCUUGUGUUUCAAACCAAUUUCACAUUCAGUUAAAUGAUUCCGUCCACAUAGUUGUAUGCAAAAGCUGGAUGGAAGAAGUGCUGUCAAAUGAUUAGUCGUGAUUAAAUGUGUAAAUUAUUUCAUGCACGAGGCCCUUUUUCGUAGCUUGCAUUACAGUAUGUGUUUAUGACUCCUCUCUUUGCCUUAAAUGAAUGGGUCCUGCCAGAACAUGGCAUGGUGUCGAACCGAGAGGAGUGAGUCAUUUAAGACGUGAGAGGAGUGUUUUGUCAAAGCUAAUGUGGUAUAAACCUCUCGAAGUGUAGGUUGACACGACUACUUGCCCGUUUAUUUUGCGCAAACACCACUAAACUCAGAGAAACUUAAGGCAUCAGAGAUCCAUAACCUCUCAAGAUUCACCUUGAAAGUUUUUCUUUUUGCAGUUUUGUAGUAUUUCUGUAGUUUAUAUUUCUGAUUCAAAUACAUACAUAAUACAAGUUUUAAGAUAUAUAUUAAGGCUAAAUGGCGAGCAGUCGGCUGCCGUAAGUAUUAGCUUGUAGAGUAUUGAUGUUAGGUACUAUAGAGCAGGAAAGAGCACACCUGCAUGAUUUAUUAUCUAACGAUUCCUAAACUGCAACAAAAAAGCCAAGGAUAUAUAUACAUGCUGCAUUAGGUCUGCAUACUACCACAUUAUGAACAAAAUAAAAGUCCUACUUUAGACAUGACUAGGUAUUUUAUGUUUAUCAGAGGGAUUUUUUACCAUCACACUUCAACAAUGUUUCUGUAGUUGAUCAUUUUACUGUUCUUUUAAUAUGUAUGUACAUUUAUGCAGGGACAUGAAGGCAUAUAAGUUGUAUUCUUAAAGUUUAAAAUAUAUUUUAUGAUAAAUGGCCUUACUGUCCUGUGGCCAAAGCACUGAGAUUAUAUAUUUGCUGUAAAAAAAGAAUCAAGAUUUUUAUUUUUCUGAUAUUAAAAGUUCCUUAAUAAAUUGUUUCAUUUAAAACAAA